AUGGACGACCGCGAAGUGCGCCGCGUGUUGCGCGCGCGCCCGGGGCUCGCGCGAAGCGGCAUGGCGGAGAAGGUCCUCCCGGGCGUGCGCGUGCUGCUGGCGUGCGGGGUGCCUCCGCGCGACAUGGCGCUCGGCGCGCUGUACGAUUCCGUGUGGCUCGGGCAGCCCGCGGAAAAAAUAAAUGAGGUUGUGCGUUAUCUGAACGAGCUCGGGCUGACCGACGGAGAGAGAAUCGGGACGGUUCUGAGGAGAUUUCCGCGCGCCUUCGCGUUCGAUCCGACCACUCAGUUGCAGCCACGUGUCCAGAAGCUGUUGGACAUGGGAAUCAAGGACACGUCAUACAUUAUCAAAGCCUGCCCACGUCUGCUGCAAUUAUCAUCCGAACGGGUUCAGGAGAGAUUAGAUUUCCUCGCACAGGUGGCAGGCGAGGGCCACGUCAGCGCCAUCGUGCAGCGCCAGCCGUACAUCCUCACCCAGCCAAUCUCGGAGCUCCAAUCCAAGCUCGACGCCUUCCAAUCAAUCCUAGGGUCAGAAACGCUCGCACGGAAAGUCUUCCGGCAGAUCCGACGGCUGCCAGCGCACUCAGCGAGCAAGAUGAUCUCCACCUUCCAUACCCUCUGCGAGAUCGUCGGGGGGGCGGUCAACGCCCAACAGGUGGUCGAGAAACGCUCCAGCAUCCUCGCUACCAACUCCACCACCAUGCUGUCAAACUUCAACCACUGGCGCGCCCUUCUCCCGCAGCUUUCCCCCUCAGAACUCUCCCACCUCUUCGUGAGAUACCCCGCUCUGCUGCACCUGAGCUGGAAGAGCAACAUCGCUCCCAAGGCGGAGUUCUUUCUGCGUGAGCUUGGGCUGUCGGAGGCCGCUGUGGUGGCCGUGCCGCUGGUGGCAUGCUACAGCCUGGAGCAGCGGAUCAGGCCGCGGAUACAGCGGGUGCGGGAUGCGGGGGUUAAGGUUGUGGAGAGAGGUGGCGGGAUUGUGUGCCUGCCUCGGUGUGUGGUUGAUGGGGAGCAAGAGGGUGGUGGUGACGGUGGGAGUGGUGCUACAGAGGAAGAAAGCAAUGGUGGUGGGGGUAGAGUAGAUGAUGUGCGGAAGGGUAAGGGUGACGCUGGUGCUCGCCGUCUAGGGAGGAAAAGACGAGAUGCUUUCUCAGGUGUGAGGGGCAGGGAAAGUGAGCGGCUUGAGGGUGGGUCGAACGCUGCAGAGAUUAGUCUAAGCACAUUGAUUCAGCUCCCCGUAGCCAUCGCCUUUAGCCUCGCGGGAGGCGUGGCGCUCCUCCUCCGCCGCCGCGGCCGGCGGAAGCGGGACGACGCGAUCCGCGAAUCAGCGGAGGAGGUCGCGGAGGCGGGGGAAGGCGGGGAGGGGGAAGGCGGAGAGGGGGAGUAUGGGGACCCGGGGGAGGACGACGAGGAGUUGGCGGAGGGGGAUGCGGGGGACGAGGCGGAGAUGGGGGAGGAGGGGGACGCGGGGGAAGCGGCGGAGGCGGCAGCGGGGUUGAAGCUGCUGAGGGAGGAGUUUGAAGCAGCGUUGUUCGAUGGGAAGGAGUUUGAUAUUGACUGGGAUGAGUUCCCCUACCACAUCAGCAACCACGCCAAGGAGCAUCUACUUGCGUCCUUCUUCGUGCAUCUCAAGCGCACCCGCCUUGCCAAGUUCGUCGCCUGCUUCCCCAACCUCAGCAACUGGAUCCUCCUCUCCGGACCUCACGGCAGCGAGGUGUAUCAGGACACGCUAGUGAGAGCCAUCGCCAGGAAGCUCAACGCGCGCCUCAUUGCUGUUGACGCUGACAAGUUCCUCUCCCCUGCGGACAUGUCAUCGGUGCCAAAGAGGAGGCCAGCACCAGACAAGCCGCGCGACUCUCUUGACUCCGCAGGCCUCUCCGACUCGCUCGACUCGCCUCUCGUAAGCUCCUCUCCUCUCCGUGCCCCCCUCCCUGCCCCCCCUUUGCCCCCCUCCCUGGCCACUUCCCGCCCCCUUCCUCUCCCCUCCCUGCCUUGCCCCUCCCUGCCUUGCCCCUCCCUGCGUCGCCCCUCCCUGGACCCUCCCUGGCCCGCCCUUCCCUGCCUUGGCCCGUCCCUCCACCCCCGCCCCUCCCCAUCCGUUUUUCCGCUCCAUUCCCCUUGUGCUGCUGUGUCUAGUCCUCGGGACCGUGUCACCUAUGUCAACGUUGACGGCUACAGCACGGACGUGCCCGUCCCCAGCCGCCCCCCUCGCGGGGCCACGGGGCAGGUGGUGGCGACGUAUGAGACGGUGGGGGUGCGCUUUGACUCGCCCGUGCCGGGAGGCCACUCCCUCAGCGGCCUCUGUGACGGGGGGCACGGCCACAUCUGCUAUGCAUCUGAGCUGCUAUUGGAGGAAUCAUCCAGCAGUGUGAAGGAGUGUGCAGCCACCGUGGCUCUCAUGCAGGUGCUGGAGAAGGAGCUGCCACGUGGACCAAUCAUUGUCUUCAUCCGCGACGCGUCGCGAUUGGCCGAGGCUUCCUCGAGUGCCGCCCAGUUUGAGUCUCAAAUGAGUCGUCUGGUGGGGCCCAUCGUGUUUGUCGGCUCCGUGGCUCGCUCCGAAUCCACCUCUGCGGUGGCUGCCAAAGAUGCGGAUGCAGCAGAGGGGGCGGCAGGGGGAACGGCAGCAGCUGCCGGGCCUGCCAGCACGGCUUGGGAGCCUCUCAGUGACAUGUUUCCGAACCGGUUUGUGGUUCGGCAGCCCAGGGCAGGUCCGGCGGCGGAGGUUUGGGCGAAGCUGAUGGAGAGAGACGCGCAGCUCAUGCAGAUGCUGGCCAACCGGCGCAUGCUGGAGAAGGUCAUGGCCACCAACGAUCUCACCUGCACUGACUUGGACAAGGUCACUUUUGCCGAGCCUCUGACAGAGGAAGGUCACUUCGUCCCUCCUCCCUUCACUUCCUCCAUUUCCCUUUUCUCCUCCUCUCUCCCUUUUCCUCCACUUCCCCUUCCCUUCGUUCACUUAUUUGCAUCAUCAGAGGUGGAGAAGGUGGUGGGGUUGGCCGCAGCACACGCAAUCAACAUGCAGUUGGGCGUUCCCUUCACACCUAUCCUCCUUCGAUUCCUUCACUCUUACCAAGUGGUGGGGCUGGCAGCAGCACACGCCAUCAUGCAGGGCGCAGCAGAGGGGGCGAAGGGAGGGGCCACGGAGACCAGCACGGGGGAUAUAAUGCACGGCAUAGCGCUGCACAGGGGGCUGCAGGAGGAGGCGCUAGAGGUGAAGGCACCCCCAACUGCUGCCAAGAAAAUCACAUCUGCUAACAAGUUCGAAGAGCGGCUACUAGCUGAGGUGGUACCCCCAGACGAAGUCGGGGUGACGUUCAGCCAGAUCGGUGCCUUAGAAGCCGUGAAGGACACUCUGAAGGAGCUCGUCAUGCUGCCUCUCAGGCGGCCAGAGCUGUUCACGCGCGGGCAGCUGACGCGGCCGUGCAAGGGCAUUCUGCUGUUCGGCCCGCCCGGCACGGGCAAGACCAUGCUGGCCAAGGCCGUGGCCACCGAGGCCGGGGCGAGCUUCAUUAACAUAUCCAUGAGCGCCGUGCUGCACAAGUGGCUGGGCGAGGCGGAGAAGUCAGUGAAGGCGAUCUUCUCGGUGGCCAGUAAGAUGGCGCCAGCUGUCGUGUUCGUGGAUGAGGUGGACAGCCUGCUGGGGCGGCGAGGGCAGUGGGGGGAGCACGAGGCGAUGCGCAAGGUGAAGAACGAGUUCAUGUCGUGUUGGGACGGGCUGCGCACGCGGGCGCAUGAGAGAGUGCUGGUUCUUGCCGCCACCAACCGACCGUUCGAUCUUGACGACGCCAUCAUUCGACGGUUCCCACGACGGCUGAUGGUUGACCUACCAGACGCGGACAACAGGGAGAAGAUCCUUAGGGUGAUUCUAAAGGACGAGGAGGUGGAGGAGGGGUUUGACUAUAAGGAGCUCGCUGCCAUGACCGAGGGGUACUCGGGGAGUGACCUCAAGAACCUGUGUGUGACGGCGGCGUAUCAGCCCAUCAAGGAGAUUCUCAAACAAGAGGAGGUGGAGAAG